UUUAAACAAUCGCGCAAGGCUACCAACUUGAAAAUUGUAAUUUAAUCUGUAUUCUGUUUUUAAUUUUCUAGUUGUCACUGUCAUAAAUGUAUCAUAAUAUUUUGCUGUGUGUGAAAUAAAAUAUGAGUAAUUUUGAUACAAGGAAACUUAUAAAUGAAAUCAAGAAGAGGCCCUCUAUCUGGGAUACAUCGUCGACUGAUAAUACAAAUAAGGAAUUGAAGAAAAAAGACUGGAAUGAAAUAGUUGCAAUAUUUGGUGGUGAUGACAUCUCGGCUAGUGAUCGACAUCUUUUACGACUUACUCUUCAAAAAAGAUGGAAGAACAUAAGAACUAGUUUUGCCAGAGAACUAAAAAGACAAAAGAACUAUGGUUCGGGUGCAAACCGUAAAAGUGAAUAUGUGUAUUACAAACAGUUACGUUUCUUGUCCAAUGUUAUGAAUAUUGCUGAGAAGGAAGCUGAUGAUGAACCAGAAUAUGUCUAUUAUGAUGUUGAUGUAGAAUUCAAUCAAACGAGCGAUGACAAUAAAUAUGAACAAAGAAUUGAAAACAAAUUCAAACGUAAAAUGAUUGACGAUGAAGACACUAUAGAUGAUAAUGAGGAUAACGAAGAUCGUCUCUUCCUAUUAUCACUUCAUGAAAGAUUACGAAGAAUCCCAAAAAGUAAAAAAACUGCCAUUAAAAUUAAAUUACUAUCCAUUAUAAAUGAGGCUUUGAUUGAUGAGGUCGCAGACUGAAGCUGAAACAAGACAGUAUUGGCUAGUCAAUCAAUAAAUUAUGGUUUUAGGUACCAAUGAGCAUUUUUAUUGAAUGCAGUGUGAAUUUGUUAAAUGAUAACUAAAUAAAACGUGAUAAUAUUAUCAAUAUUAAUGGACAUUUUAUACAAUAUUAUAUAUAAAAAAAAUGUUGAUUGUGAAAUUAAAGAUGUGUAUCAUAGGAUACAGAUAAAAGUUUAUCAUUGAAACAACCUCACAAGUCAAAUGAAGCAGAAGGUAGUUAUAAUUAAUAAGAUAAACUGCAAAGCCUUUAAUUACAUAUUAUACAAUUAUUGUUGAUCAAAUAAAUCUCUGAGAUAUA